AUGUUGAUGGAUGUUGGAGGGUCGAUGGGUGGGUAUAUUCAAAUGUGUGAGGAUUUAUUUUCGGCUGCUAAAACCGAAUUCAAACAUUUGGAAUAUUAUUAUUUUCACAAUUGUGUCUAUGAUAAAGUAUGGAAAGACAAUCGGUUGCGGUUAAACGAAACCAUUCCCCUCGAGGAAAUCAUACACAAAUACAAUUCGGAUUACAAACUCAUCUAUGUGGGGGAUGCCAGUAUGGCAUCUUAUGAAAUCACCUCGGUGGGGGGUGCCAUUGAUUUCUACAAUGAGGGUGAACCUGGAACGGGCAAAACCCUAUUGGCCUUUGAAGUGGCCAAAGCUCUGGGCAAACCCAUGCACACUUGGCAUGUUAAAAGCACCACCAAAGCCCAACAGGACCUUAAUGAAAUCAUUCACCACGCCACUUUAUUAGAUGUUCGUGAACCCGCCGAAUUGGACAGCGAUGGCGAUGUGCCUGGAGCCAUUAACAUUCCUUUGGGGAGCAUUCCUGAUCAUUUAGAGGAAAUCGAAUCCAUGCCACGUCCAUUGGUUAUUUUUUGCCGCAGUGGCAAUCGCUCGGGUCAAGCCAUUGCGUUUCUAGAGUCUCAAGGCCAAACCGAUAUGCACAACGGGGGAGGUUUUAUGGAUGUAUUGGAUUUAUUGGAGGAUUAA